CAAACCUUGUUCCUGGAGUCGGCAUCCGAUAGUCCAUAAUCAAGCUGACAAUUUUCAGAUUUGCACGCUCAGCAAGACCACGUGAGGGUUUUAAGUUUCCAAGAGAAUGUCUGGAAAGCAGGCAGCGUAGAGUCUUACAUUCGCUUCAACCUCUCAGUCCUAGCGGUAGGUGGAGGGCGCAAGGCAAUGGAGCUUCAGCCGACGAUAUUUCUAUUUGCUACUGGGCCUCAACCACGCGGCUGACAUCCUACGUUACUCAUUUCUCCUACGCAACCUCAAAUGAGAAUCACAACGUCUUUACCUUCCUGAUUACAGACAAGGAAUACAUAUCGUACUACCACGGUCUACGGUACUUCGAUAAUCCUAAAGAUCCAGAAUUCUUGCGUCUGGACUCUUGGUCUUUCUAUUGCCAUCUAGCUCGAGGAGACAACUUUACAGUCCUUAGGGAUGGCAUGAAGAUUCUGGAUGCUAAAAUCGACACCGCGCACGGGAAAAUGCCCCUUAACGGGAUAUUUAUUGUGGGUCAGGAACAGGAUCUAUUGGGCGGGGGUUUCAACGCUGAUGAAAGUUUUCACGGAAAAAUGGCGCUGCUGAACAUCUGGAAUUAUUCAAUCGACCCAAAGCAGAUGAAAGAUAUGCGCGAGUGUCGUUCGAUCGGCAACGGGAACGUAUUUUCUCUGCAGAAGGAUGCUAUAGACAAGUUUGAAGUACUUGAAAGCUACGUUCCUCUAACAGAAUUUUGUUCAGUUGAAAAUAAAUACUGGGUACUUAAUGGUCCAAAUACUUUCUACGAAUCCGGGCGCAUAUGUGAUGCUUUCGGAGGCUUCCUGUUUACGCCGAACACGCAGAAAGCUCUCACACAGCUCUAUGAUUUAACUAGUGCCUCUAACUACGCUUGCAAUUCCCUUACAGUUUAUGUCGGAAUAACCGAUGAGGAAGAAGAAGGAACCUGGCGAAAUACAAAAGACGGAACUAUUUUCGAAGAAAAUUUAUUUCUGAACGGUGAACCCAACGACGGGCGGGACUAUAACUGCGCCAUUCUGUCUUCGAAAGAGGCUGCUUUAAUAGACUACAAUUGUUCAGAGGCUUGGCCAAACUGUGCUCCGUGCAUGACGCAUCGAACCUUGAGGCUUCGUGGACUGUGCUUCAAUUCUGAGACUGAGAGCUUUAUGAACUUAAGAGGAUAUGUCAAUGAAUCCAUCUACAUUUGUGGUUAUUAUGGAAUUAACAUUCACAACAUGCUAGGUACAAGCGAGUGGCACUUAUUCGAUUCCAACUUGCAACAAAAUAUCGCUGAAAUAACUCUACCCCCAGGUGAAACUUAUCCAAUUGGCAGAAAGAUGUGGUCUAUUGUUUCCAAAACUUGCGAUCACAGAGAAGGUUCGUUGAUUGCUCUUAGUAUCAGCGCGUGUAGUGGUGACGAAUACGCGUGUGAUAACGCUGAGUGUAUCCCUCGCGCCCAGCUGUGUGACGGGGCUGCCAAUUGUGCCGACUUAUCUGACGAAAACAAUUGCAACAUCCUUGGUAUCCCUGAGGGUUACAGUAUCAUUCGAUCACCCGGAAGAGAAUUCGGCGAUGUGGGCCCAAUUUUUGUGUCCAUCCAUGUCGAUGUUUUGCGAUUCUUUGAAAUCGACGAUAAGCGAAAUUUGAUCGGCCUAGAGAUUAAAAUUGAAAUGAAGUGGCGAGACAGGCGUCUUGUAUAUUACAAUCUAGGUGACAAAAUGGAGGAUAAUGAGCUGCCUCAGGGCGAUUUGGAACGGAUAUGGACACCGACUCUUGUUUUUCCAUCAGCGCAUAAAGGUUUUAUCAACCAUAUUUACGAUGAGGUUCACGUUGUCAAAAAUGGUACCCGCAAACAGGAUGACUUCAACUCCAUACAUACGAAUUUUGAGUAUGCUGGUGCAUCAGCCUUUCUAGUGCUCCACAAACAUUUGAGUGGGAAGUUCGCUUGCUCGUUCAACGUGUUUCGCUACCCAUUCGACAAGCAUCAUUGCGAUGUAUUGAUACACCUGGGGCUCUCCUCGGAGCGACUAGUGACUUUUAAUAACGAUAGUCUGUCGCUGACCUACGCCGGUACGCAGCAGCUUGUCCGAUUCUCCGUCGAAAAAAUGACUGCACAAGCGAUCAGAGUGAAGCGAAACACGACAUUCUACUCCGGCAUUAAGAUCGACAUCUUCCUGGCACGAGAACCUAGCGUUGUGAUGUUAACUUUGUUCUUGCCGACGGUUUUGCUGGCCUGCAUCGGUUAUUGCACGCUCUUUGUGAAAGUUAAAUACUUGGAGGUCCGCUUGUCUGUAGCUCUCACGACUUUGUUGGUGCUUUAUACUCUCUUUGAUCAAACUUCUGGAGACCUGCCGAGCACAUCCUACCUGAAAAUGGUUGACAUUUGGCUAUUCGCGGUCAUAACUUUACUCUUCGUCAUCAUUAUAUUUCAUGUUUUCAUCGAGUAUCUAGAUCAAGAGCAAUAUUCAAACGAGUUCAUUCUUUGGUUGCGAAGGAAAAAUGCCAUGGGGAUAAACAAAGUUAAUGGAAUGAAGUCUGAAUAUCAAGUUAUGGAAAAAAAUCAUGAUCUGCCCGAAAAAAUAAUGAAAAUCAUGAGGGUGUAUUGUGUACCGAUAUUGUUGUUGGCGUUCAACAUGACGUUCUGGAUUUAUUGGUUUAUAUAAGAGAACAGAUUUCAGAGUGACGUAGAGAACGGGCUUGGCUGUUUUUUUUAUAGGAUUUAGGUUUGCCAAUAAUGCUAGGUCUAGAUCAAUAGGUUUGCCACUGCACACAUAAACAAUAAAACAACGAGAAGUGUUUGUUAUGCUUAUCUAGUCAUUUAUUAUACUCAUGGCUUAUACAAGGUCCCAGAAGGAUUACU